AUGGAAACUCUAGUGAAGAGUGUCAUACAGCAAUUUUGUGAAGAAAAUAACAUCUUGCAGGAUUUUCAGCAUGGCUUCCGGAGAGGACGUUCCUGCCUCUCAAAUCUGCUAGCUUGUCUGGAGAUCUGGACCAGGGCCCUGGAAGAGGGUUUUGAGGUUGAUGUCGUGUACAUCGAUUUUCGCAAAGCCUUCGAUACUGUUCCGCACCAACGCCUUCUUCACAAAUUGAGCGCCAUCGGCAUCCGGGGAGAUCUUCUGAACAGGAUAGGGGCGUUUCUGGUUGGCCGGAAACAACGUGUUUGCAUCGGUGAUGAUAUGUCAGAAUGGGUGAAUGUGACCAGUGGUGUGCCGCAAGGCUCAGUUCUGGGACCAUUGCUCUUCCUCCUUUCUGUUAAUGACAGCCUUCAGGAACUCGACUGUGGCAAAAUAAUGUUUGCUGACGACGUUAAGCUCUGGCAAGUCAUUAAGAGUCCUAACGACCAGAGAACCUUCCAAAACAAUCGUCAUCGACAGCCAGCGUGGUCGGAGAAGUGGCUUCUAGACUUCAAUGUGCAGAGGUGUGCCGUCCUUCAUCUGCGUCCAACCAACUCUCUUUCAAAUGAGAGCCUGAGGACAUAUAACCUGUAA